GCCCUCCGCUAACGAGUGAGAAGGAAGUAGCCGGGUCGCCUACCGCUGGUCUGUCAUGGCGUCGUCCCGGCUGCCUCCGACCACGCUGACUCUGAAGCAGUUCUUAAGAAGGCAGCAAGUUCUUCAGUUAUACAGAAAAAUUCUUCAGGCUAUUCAUCAGGUACCCCAUGUAGCUGAUCGUCAUUACUUGAGAGACUGGGCAAGGGCAGAAUUCAAAAGGAAUAAAGAUGCUACAGAAGAGGAUGCAAUCAGGAUGAUGAUCACUCAGGGAAACAUACAGCUUCAAGAACUUAAAAGAACUCUAAAACUGGCAAAAUCCUAGCCUUAAUUGUGGCGUAUAAUAUUUUUUCAAUGUAGCUUCCUUAGAAGACAUCAGAUUUGGAGGGACCUCUCUAAGAAUCAAAAAGUUAUGCUUAUACAGACUGUCGUAGGGAAAGCUGAGUUUGAUAAAAUUAAACUGCAAUGGGCAGAAAUCUGUAAAGAAAGACUGGCAAGGGGGGAUAAUGUUUAAACCUGACAGACACAGCAAAAUGCAAAAAUGGACUGCUACCCCAAAAAUACAGAUUAUGCCUAUGAAAAGCAUUGCUUAGAAUGUGAUCAAGCAGAGGGUUAACUAAGGUCUACUUAAGACUUUGUAAAACCUUUCUCUGUCAGAUUGAAGACGUUACUCUGUCAUUGAGUGUAUUUGUCAUGCAAACUGAUAUCAAGCAAAUGAUGGGAUGAAUUUUUUCCCCUUCAUGUACUGGUUAUGUAUGAAGGAAGCCUUGACUAUAUACCAUUGACAAGAUGCAGAUUUGCAGUGCUUUAGGGGAACAGACUUUCUUACUGUUGAUGUUUUCCAGCUUUAGAAGAACAUCUGCAAAGUUUAUUGAGCCAACAGGAGUAAAAUGCUGAACAGUUUAUGCAAACAUGUGUUUAAUUCAUUUCCAUUUAUAUAUGCUACAUGGCACAAGUAAUCCAGUAAGAACUGUACAGGUGUUUUCCAUUAAAAAAACCUAUUACAUCUGAUAGGUAAUAAUUUAAUUCCAAAAGUGUAAAUUACAGCAGAAUACACAGUUAAUGCAGCUUUUUGUAUAAUUACAUUCAUGCUUAAUAAUGGAUAAUUGUGCUGAAAUAUAGAAGCUGAAGAAAUAGCUUAGCCCAGCGUUUCCCAUUUGCAGGGUCGCAACCUGGUACCGGGCCACAGGAGCCUCAAGAAAAGCCAAAGCUAGCUCUGCUCUCAGCAAAGCAUGAGCUCUGCUCUGCUUCCUUCCUUUCCCGUUUCUCUGUUGUGCAGAGAAAAGCUAGGCUUGAAGACUGACACAGGCUGCAAAGCCUGAGCUCCGUUUUCCUUCUUUCCAUCCCCCAACAUCUCUGUGUUGUGAAGAUAAAAGCUGGGCUUGAAGACUGACACAGGCUGCAAAGCCUGAGCUCUGUUUUCCUUGGAGACCUCUAUAGAAGAAAGAGACAGGCUUUCCUGUCUCCCGGCUCCACUCCAAAGUUUCCUGGCUCCACCCCUGAAUUUUAGUAGGCCAUGAAGGAGAAGUGUAAAAAUAACUGGGCCACAGGGUGGGGGGGGGGGGAGUUUGGGAAACCCUGGCUUAGCCCAAAACCUCCAGGGUAUACAGUAAUCUCGAUGUUGUCGGUAUUUUUCCUAGCAAGGCAUAGUUGUCCUUCUUGAUUGGAGAGAUUUAAAGCUGCUAUGUAUGAUUAAUAAUAUUUGAACAAAAACAAUAUUAGUUACCCAUUUUGAUUAGGAGCAGCUAGACAUGCUCCAGUAUAGCUCAAGAUACAAAAUUGACACUGACUGUUCCUGAACUAUUUGGAGCAGAAAACUACUAACAAUAAUUUAAAGAUUUGUUCCUCCAUUGCAAAUUUCAUUUAACACAAUACCUCCUGGAGGGAGCAUAGUGGGAUAAGGCUGCAAUCCUACAUAUGCUUAAUUGGAAGUGUAUUCUGUGACAUCAGUGAGACCUAUUUCUGAAGAUAUUUGCAUAGGACUGAGUUGUACAUCAUUUAAAACUGAAGACCAAGUUUCAACUUCUUGCAUUUAAAACUCACAUAUAGUUGCUACAGUACCACCUGGUUGUUUUAUUAUAAAACAUUUGCAAGUGUUGUAAUAAUCAUAA